AUGGCUGCGGAGGUAGAUACUCGCGCUCUCUCGGCAUUCUCCUCUCUACCUGAACCUUCCAUCACGUCUUUGAUCGAUAGCCCCACGUCAGAGCUCGUCAUCUCGUUCCUGCGCAGCAUCGAAACCAGAGCCAAGGAAUGCGAACAGAACAAAUCGCAAAAGAUCAAGCUUGAAGUAGAAUUGGAAACAGUCGUGAGAACAAGCGAAUCUAAAACCAAAGUUCUACAAACUUCGCGGGACAAGGCUCUUGCAGAAGCAAGUAAGCUACGCGUAGAACUCCAGACUGCCGAAAAUGCACGCUCCAGACUGGACUCCGAGGUCGAGCAACUUCGCUCUGCUACCGCCAACGAAAAUGUCGAGAUCACCAGUCUCAAAUCCCGCAUCUCUUCUCUUGAAGCCGCAAACCGAGACACGCUUGUCCUCCUGGAAUCGAAGACAAGCGCCUAUGAGAGCCUGUCGCAGGAUCUCUCUGCGCAACACCAAAAGGCGGUCGAACUUCGCAAGCAGAUAACAACACUCGAGCAAUCGGUGCAGUCUGCCAAUGCCGCCGUCGCUAGUGCCAAGUUCAAGGAGCAGAGUCUUCAGCAAGAGGUGGAAAUGUUGAAGAAGAACAACGAAUGGCUGGAAAACGAGCGCAAGAUCAAAACAGAUGAACACGCCCAUUUCCGCAAGGAGAAGAACGCUCGCAUAGCAGAGCUGUCGAGGUCUAACGAGCAGUACAUUUCUGAAGUUGAGGCGUUGCGGCGGUCCGAAUCUUCCCUCAAGCAUCGCCUGGAAGAGCAGAUGACCAAGUUUGAAGAGACUCUGGAAGAAAUGCAGAAGGUACGGGAAGAAAAGAUCUCUGCAGAGGAUGCCUUCCGAGUUGAGCUUCAGAGUGUCAAUCGUCUGGCUGAGUUGCAGGCCGCCUCUGCAGAAACAGCCAAACAGCGGGUACAAGAACUGUCUGCUGCCUUGGAAGAGGCUCGUGAGGAAGCCGCCGAAGAGAUUGGUACCAUUCGCGCCGAAAUUGAGACCGAACACAACGACCGCGUUGCUGCUGAGCAGCGCGUUUCUGAGCUUGAAAAGUCUCUGGAACAACUGUCCAGUGAACUCGAUGAAGCCCGUGCCAGACCAAGUACACCGCAGCGCCCGACAAAUGGAUCUGGCAUAACCACACCUCUUCGGCCUGGAACACCCAGCGGUAUCUUUUCUCCUGCCAGUAUCUCUAGGCCGCGGACCCAAAUGACCAUCACUCAGCUGUUCUCAGAGUACAAGAAGCUUGAGGCGGAAUUGGCGAACGAGAAGCGUGUCAGCGAGCAACUGCGAGAGAAUCUUGAUGCCAUGGUUGAGGAGCUCGAAAACAACAAGCCGGAAAUUGAAGAACUCCGGACCGACCAUGAACGACUUCAAAGCGAGGUCGUGGAAAUGUCUGCUAUUGUAGACAAAGCGAACGCCGACCGCAAUUCGGCGAUCAAGGAGUUGAGAACGUGUCAAGGUCAAUUGGAGAGCAAGUCUAAAGAAGCUCAAGUCUUGACCCAACAACUCCGAGACAUGGGCUCAGAGAUUCGAUUCCUUCUCAUUGAACAACAUGUCCGCGAGCAAGGCGGUAAUAUGACCAAAGAGGAGUUCGACGAGCUGGAGACGCAGGCAAAGGAGGCCAUGUCCCAGGAUAUGGCCAAUCUUUCCGAAACUCAACAACUAAUCAACCAACGAUUGAUUGUGUUCAAGAACAUCCAUGAACUUCAACAGCAGAAUGAAAAUCAGCUCAAGACGAUUCGCAACCUGGUAGGUGAACUUGAAAGCAACGAGGCCAAGGAAAAGGAACAGCAGAACCAUGCUCUCAGUCAAGAGCUUGAACAGGCUCGUUCACAGAUUGCUUCGUAUCAGGACGAGCUCCGGACUAUGGUGGCUCAAACACAGAGUUUCGUCAAAGAGAGAGACAUGUUCCGGAAUAUGCUCACAAGGCGCGGUCAUCUACCUGGUCAAGUUCAGCCCACCGACUUUUCUCGAUCGUUACCCAUACCUGCUGGUGGCGGAGAGUCACCGGCAGGAUCUGUCACAGGUGGCGAAUCCGAUUACGCCAAACUGCUCAAAGAACUUCAGCAACACUUUGAUUCGUAUCGACGGGAGGCGUCUACCGAUCACACUGCUUUGAAGAACCAAGUCGAUGAAUUGAGCAGGAAGAACUCGCAGUUGCAGACCGAGAUGAGUCGCACUUUGGGACAGCUUACGGCGGCCAAUCAACGAUAUGAGAUGCUGCAGGCAAAUUACAACUCUUUGAAGGCGGAAAAUGGCGAGAUCCAGAAGAGAUCGUGGACGGUACUGGAAAAUGCUACUAAGCAGGAAUUGAAAACUCAACAAGUGGCUGAAGAGCUUGUUGAAGCCCGAGGUCUGCUUGAUAGCCUACGCCGUGAUUCUGCAAAUCUCAAGGCGGAGAAGGAUCUGUGGAAGAGUGUGGAAAGACGUUUGGUUGACGACAACGAAUCACUUCGAAACGAAAGGAGUCGACUGGACCAGCUGAACGCCACCCUCCAAACGAUGAUCAACGAGCGCGAGCAGACCGAUGCUGAGAGUCGCCGUCGGCUACAGUCACACACAGAAGCCUUGGAAUCCGAACUUCAAUCUGUCAAGAGAAAACUCAAUGACGAGACGGAAGAGAACAAGAAGGCUGCGUUGAGACGAGAAUAUGAGCACGCGCAAGCCCAAAAGAGGAUCGAUGAUUUGGUUACGAGCCUAGGUGCAACGAAAGAAGAGCUCGCCUCAGCAAAGACGGCUAGAGACCAUUUACAAGCUAGAGUGGAUGAACUUGCAGUCGAGCUUCGUUCUGCGGAAGAGCGCUUGGAGGUCCUUACCAAGCCGCCAGAGCCUACCAAUGAGACCACUGACCAAGAGGAGACGUCCUUGACCAAAGAGCAAGAAUUGGCUGUCGAGGUUUCUGAGCUUAAGCGGGACCUUGAACUGAAGGUCUCCGAGCUUGAAAGAGCCAAUGAGCAGGUCGAAGUGUACAAGAAUAUCAGUCAGUCCAGCGAGGAGCGCUUGCAGGAGCUCAGCGAGACGAAUGAUCAGUACCGGGAAGAGACGGAAGCCGCCCUCGCUGAAAAAGAUGCAAAGAUCAAGGAGCUCGAACAGCGGAUUGAAGAGAUUUCUUCAGAGUUGAAUACGACGAACACCGAGCUUUCUCAAUUGCGCGAUGAGCAGGCGGAAUUCACACGCAAGAUGGACGAACAAAAGUCCAGCUUCGAAUCCGAAAUUGAGCAUAUCAAGGAGGAGGUAGAAAAGAACGCAGAACAAGCCCAAUUCAAUCUUGAAGCCUCCAAAAUUCAAGCACAGAUUGCCACCGAAGCUCAACAGAAUUACGAAAACGAGCUUGUCAGGCACGCAGAAGCCGCUAAGAAUCUGCAUACGGUUCGGGAAGAAGCCAAUCAACUCCGAUUGGAGAUGGUUGAUCUUCGAACCCAGGCUGCGACGUACAAAUCGGAUCUGGAACAGAAAGCAGCAAGUUGGGAAGAGCUGAAAGAACGGUAUGAACGGGAGAUCUCCGAUUUGAAGAAGCGGCGAGAGGAAGUCGUCCAACAGAACAACCUCUUGCAUGGACAGCUGGAAAGCGUCACUCAGCAAAUCACCGCCCUGCAACGCGAUCGUGCAGCAAUAGCAGACGGGGACAACGCCGAAGUCGCUGAACAACCGUCUGCAGAGCUGGACAGAUUACAAGAGGUGAUUACAUAUCUGCGCCGUGAGAAGGACAUCGUCGAUGUUCAGUAUCAGUUGUCGCUACAAGAAGCCAAGAGAUUGCGGCAACAACUUGAUUUCACUCAAUCCCAACUGGAUGAGACCCGUCUCAAGUUGGAUCAGCAGCGCCGUGCCGAGGCUGAUGCGGACCGAAGCAAACUGGAACACACGAAACUCAUGGAAUCUCUCAAUGAACUCAACCUCUACCGGGAAAGUAGUGUCACUCUCAGAGCGGAGGCCAAACAGGCCACCCAGGCUCUAGCAGAGAAAUCGAAGCGUGUCGAGGAACUUGAAGGCCAGAUACAAUCCAUGCAAGCUCGAGUCUCCGAGCUCGAAAACCUUGUUGAACUUCGUGAAGGGGAGCUGAAAUUGAGCCAAGAAGAUCGUGAUCACUGGCAACAACGUACUCAGAACAUCCUGUCCAAGUAUGAUCGAGUUGAUCCUGCUGAGUUGGAAGCACUGAAGGCCAAGGUUACCAGCCUUGAAACAGAACGUGACGAACUCAAGACCGAGCUUGACAAGGUGAAGGAGGAACGCAUUGAAGCACAAAGAGCUCUACAAGACCAGGUCAAUGCGACACAGUCAGCAGUUGAAUUGGCCAAAGGCGAUUUGAAAACAAGACUUGAAAACCAAUUCAAGGAGGUCCUCAGAAAGAACAGAGCGGUCUUAGGAGAGAGAAAGGCUGAGCUCGAUGCAGCACUUGCUGAGAAGGCCGAUCUGCAGACAGAGCUUGAUUCAUUGAAAGAACAGUUGGCUGUUGUUCAAGCACAGAGUCCACCAGCCACAACGCCUCAGGUUAAUGGUGAAAAUGGUGAGAUUGGUGAAAAUGAGACUCCCGCCGAAGAACCCACAAACGCUGCUACCACCACCACCACGACAACGACAACGAAUGAAAAUGUGAGUGAGCUAGAAACUAAGAUCAAAGAACUCGAGGGCUCGCUGGCCGAAAAGGAGAAGGAGCUCGAAGAGCUCAAGUCUACACAGGAGGAGAAAUUCAAGCACAGAGUGACUUCUAUGGAGAAAAUCCUCAACAACCGGUUGGCCGAGGUCAAACAUCAAGCUCAGGAAGCAAAGAAGGCUGCGCUUGAAGAGCUGACGGAACGACUGAACGCUCAGCACGAGCAGGAACUGGAAGCCUUGAGAGCCGGUUCCAUUCCGGUUGCUACAGAACUGCAGAAGCCAAGCGAAGAAGGCACCGAGACAUCAAUCACUGUCGAUCCGGGCCAAAUUUCCGACGAGGUGCUGUUGGCGUUACCUGAGGAAAAAGCCAAACUGCUUGUCGCCAAACAUGAAGUUUUACGUAGAAUCCUGCAAAACAACAUCAGAAAACAAGUGGAGAAGGACAGGGAGGCCCUGCGGAAGGAGCUUACUGAACAACUAGGCUCCGGAGUCGACGGAGCUGAUACUGCAAAGAUCCAAGAACUGGAGCAGAAGUUUGAUGCCGAAAAACAAGCUAUUAUCCAGGCAAAGGAGUCUGAAUUCGUUGCCGAGAAAGAGACUCUGCUCCAACAGUAUGAAGACAGACUGGCACGAGAAAAGCAAGACUUGAUCAUCAAACACCAGGAAGAGCUUGACACCCAGAAGCUGCAGUUCGAUCAAGAGGCUCAGAAAAAGAUUGAAGAGCAGCUCAAGAAUGCGGAGCAGAUGUGGGAGAAGCGUGGUAAUGUCAAGUUCAAUAUGGCGCAGAGUCGAGCAUUAUUGGCAACCGCCAAACUUGAUGUCGUCAAGAAGGCUGCAGAAGAAACCCCUGAAAAGCCCGUGGGCCAAGUGUGGGAUAUUGCUAAGGACACCAAACCGCCUGCAGCUCCAAAGCCAGCACCAACCCCGGCUGCUCCAGCAGCGGCACAAACACCAGCGAAGCAAGACACAAAACCAGACGCGAAGCUAGGAAAUGACAACAAAGCGAAUGGUAACGUUCAGCCUCCGCCCCCUCCUCAGUCUCAGGGUACGGAGAAGCCGGCACAAGCUCAACCACCCACUGUACAAACAGGGUCCAAACCCGCAGAGGCACAAGACACAGAGAAAACAGGCCCCAAACCCGCCCAUCAAUCGACCGGCGACCCAGCAAACCACUCAGCAGGCCACCCAGCAAACCACCCAGCAAACCCGCAGCAAAAAACUGGAGCGGCCUUGAUGCGCCAACUUGAGUCUGGCAUACCUCGAGGUGGAGCAAUUCGCGGUAACCGUGGCAGUGGAAUACCUAGAGGUCGUGGAGCUCCUCGUGGUGGUCGCGGCGGAGCAGGUCAUGGUAACACGAACAUCCCUCAACAAGGGCGAGGCGGUGGCCUCGGUAGCCCAGGGCGAGGAGCCCUCAAUCCUCAAGCAGCUCAAUUCACUCCUGGAGGAGGCAAUAAGCGAGCUCGUGAUGAUGGCGAGGGAGCGGAUGGGGGUGGCCAGGGCAAGCGAAUUCGCGGUGAAGGCGGAUCGGCAUAG